AUGAAGAAGGCUGGGGAGCAACACCCUCCAGCACCGUUCGCGGAGGACGACACCGCUUCCCAAGGUGAUGAUGCGUUCGAAGGGCUCAGUCAAGAGUUCAUCAAGGGGUAUUGGGCGGCCUACGACGCACUGGAUAACAAAGAUCUUAACGAGGACGAAAAUGAGAAUGGAAACGAUGACUCUUCUGAAGACUCACAGUCCACUCCAGACGAGCACGAGCAAGAGUCUCACGGCCAGAUCCUAUAUCUGCGUAACAACGGAAAUGAGCCUCCAUCGCAAUUCCGGGUAAACUACCGUACCGUCAGUUACCCACCUGAACGUCCACAAGAUCCGCUUCAGCACAACGCAGUUCCUCGAUUGAACGACGUGAUCAAAAUCAUCGAAGGCAUCGUCGAUUGGCGCUUCCUUUUCACGGCGAACCCUUCGAAGAACGUUAUCUAA